AUGGCUACUGAUGUCAUUAAUGGCCAGAGUUUUGAGGCAGAGAUUAAGAAUAAAAUUGAUGAUUUAAAAAUUUCUAUCACUGCUGUUGAAGACUGUCCCUAUGAGAAAUUAGUGAAUGGUGUUUGUUGUGAGAGAGAUAGUGACGUGGUGAAAGAUGACGAUGAUGAAAAACCAACAACAACAAUGUCUUCUGCCGAGGAGUUUUUUAUUCAGGAGUCCGGCUUCAAUAUUAAGAUACAAGCUCCAGGCCUUGAUAUCUUUGAAAUCCCCGUCAGUUCGAUGGAGUUAGUCCAAGAAAUCUAUCAAGUACUGGUUGAUAAGGAAGAGACUUGCCAUAGGACCUGCUUCACCCUUCAACUCGAUGGCGUGACCUUGGAUAACUUCUCAGAGGUCAAGUCGGUUGAGGGGUUAAAAGAGGGGUCACUCUUGAAGGUCGUCGAAGAACUGUAUACAGUAAGAGAAGCCCGAAUUCAUGUCAGGCACAUUCGUGAUGUUUUAAAGUCCAUAGAUAUAAUAGAUGCCUAUCUGGGUAAUGAGUGCAAUUCUCUGUCUUUGCUCAACGUCAUCACUGGCGGAAAUAUUCUUGAACGAAAGCAGUCGUCGUCAUCGUCACAGAAGAACAACAGUGGCAGCAGUACGUCGUCGUCGUCGUCUGACCAGCCCGACCACCAGCCGCCUGAUUAUUUGCUGCCCGGCUCCAAAGACAGGCCACUUCUACCCCUACAUCCGGUUUAUAAGGAACUCAAGGUCGUCAGGAUGGUGAUAAUGAUGUCCACCAUUGAUGUGUUCAACCCCAAGCCAGUUCAACCGAAACAUGUCUAUCAUUCUUUGGUCGACCUACUCAACCAGAUUUCUCCAUUGUUUAAGAAAAAUUUCCAACUCUUGCUAAAGAAGAGGCAGCAGAAACACCCCUUCGAGCGAGUGGCCACGCCCUACCAGCUCUACAACUGGAUGGCCCCGGUCUCUGAACACGUCUUCGAUUACAUCAGAUCAGAAGAUGCCUUUUCAUCCCGUCUGGGUUACGAGGAGCACAUCCCUGGCCAGACACGUGACUGGAAUGAAGAGCUGCAGACGACCAGGGAACUGCCCCGGAAACACCUGCCGGAGAGAUUGAUCCGGGAGAGAACUAUAUUCAAAGUGCACAGCGAUUUUGUGGUAGCAGCGACCAGAGGAGCCAUGCUAGUCAUCGAUGGAAACAUCAUGGCCAUCAAUCCAGGUGAAGAUACAAAGAUGCAGAUGUUCCUCUGGAACAACAUCUUUCUCAGUCUCGGCUUUGACGUCAAAGACCAUUUCAAAGAGUUUGGCGGCGAUUUUGCCGCUUAUGCCGCUCCUGGCUGUGACCUGCAAGGGGUAAAGGCUUAUACGAGCGCCGACAUCGAGGGCUUGUACACUCUGGGCACUGUGGUCAUUGAUUACCGGGGCUAUAGAAUGAAGAAGGCGGCACAAUCAUUCAAGAUAAGACCACACAAGGUUCUAAACAGCAAGGAUGAAGAGAUUGAGUUGUACUCGUCGGUGGAAUGCAAGGGCAUCAUAGGGAAUGACAACAGGCAUUACGUCCUUGACCUCUUAAGGACAUUUCCUCCAGACGUCCACUUCUUGCCCGUCGACCCUGACCUUUUGAGCCAGCCAAUGAAGGAGCUGGGAUUUCCUAGAAAACAUCGACACAAACUGGCCUGUCUUAGACAGGAGCUAGUCGAUGCGUUUGUCGAGAAUAAGUACUUGAUGUUCGUCAGGAGUGCAGCUGGUCAGUUCCAAGCCCUCAAGUACAAGAAGAUGCAAGAGCAAACACAGCAAAAAGACAACAGUAGCAGCAACAACAACAACAACGCCCCAUCAGCUGCAACAGCAAUAGACGAAAAUCUAGUCAAAACGCUAACAGACGUGGCUGGCGAGCUGUCAGCCGCUGCCACAGCCGCUUCAGCAGCUGCUAAAAUGAGCAGCUUGGCCGAAGCUAUUUACGCUGCUAGUUUGGAAAGUCCCGAAUCUAUACGAGUUGAAAGUUCAAAUAAUAAUGACGUUGGCUGUGACGAUAGAGAUAGUCUUUCUACUUCUACUUCUUCUUCUACUACUACUACUGCUGCUGCUGCUGCUGCUGCUGCUACUAACGAUACUACUAUUACCAGCACGACUACCACCAUAUUUAAUGAUACCUCUACCACAGAUGCUAGCGACGAUACUGCUGCUAUGACUGAUACUCCGAAGAAUGAUACAAACACUAACAACAACAACAUUGUGGAAGGCAGUGGGGAUGUCCUUUGUAGUAGUGAUACUACAUCAACUGCAGCAACAACUACUGCUGCCGCUAGUAGUAAAGUUUGUUGCAGCGAUAGCAGUGGCGACAAUGGCGUAGUAGUAAACGGUAGUAGUAACAACUGUGGCGGCGGCGGUGGUGACGAUGGUAGCUGCGACCACACGAAGGAAAUUGUUGUGAAGGCUGCCAAAUUGAUUGGCUCUCUUAAUGAUAACGAGUUUACUGUCCUCUUUAACACUGACCUCUUCCAAGAACAUGUAAGACACCCUGACGAAAAUACAGCCCUCAAGUACUCAUUAAUAUUAAUUUAUGCAAAUCAGAUAGCUGAAUGUUUGGAGCAUGCUUCAUCGCCUAUUGAUCAUUUUACGCUAACUGAAGCUUUGCACAAUCGGUUCGUUGGCUAA